AUGGCACCAAUCUAUGCCCCGUUCUCAGUGAACAGCUCUGGUUAUCUCCAAGUCUCCCCCGUCCAUUCCAUCUAUUAUGAAGAAUGUGGUCUCGCAACCGGCGUGCCCAUAGUAUAUCUUCAUGGAGGUCCAGGAGGAGGAAUAGAGGAUAGUGAUAGACAAUACUUUGACCCCUCCCACUAUCGCAGCAUCCUCUUCGACCAGCGCGGUUCUGGGAAAUCCACGCCUCACGCAUCCCUUGAAGACAACACGACCUGGGACUUAGUCUCCGAUAUCGAGGCCUUGCGACAGCAUCUCAAAAUCGAGAAGUGGAUAGUAUUCGGCGGGUCGUGGGGCUCUACCCUAUCCCUGGCCUACUCCGAGAAGUACCCUGAAAGAUGCAUAGGCUUGAUUCUGAGGGGUAUCUUCACGCUGCGGAGAGAAGAGCUGGAGUGGUUCUAUCAGAAGGGGGCAGAUAUGCUCUUCCCUGAUUUUUUCGAGGCCUAUAAGGCAGUGAUUCCGGUAGAGGAGAGAGGCGAUAUGAUGAAGGCCUAUUAUAAGAGACUCACGGGAGACAAUGAGGAAGAGAAGCUCAAAUGUGCCGGUGCAUGGAGCAGCUGGGAAACAGCCACAAGCAAACUGAUGGUUGAUCCCGAGUAUAUCAAGAAAGCCGAGGAUCCCAAAUGGGCGCUCGCGUUCGCGCGAAUUGAGUGUCAUUUCUUCGUCAACGGCGGCUGGAUGCGAGACGGUCAACUGAUCGAAGAAGCGCACAAGAUCAAGCACCUACCCAUCAUUAUUAUCCAGGGUAGGUACGACAUCGUGUGCCCUGCCAAGACCAGCUGGGAAUUAUACCAAGCGCUGGGAGGAGAGAAGAACUCUAACGUCACGUACCAAAUCAUCGGCGAUAGCGGACACAGUGCCCACGAAAAAGCCAUCGAGGAGGCGUUGGUGGAUGCCGCUGACAAGUUCAAGUCUUUGAAACCUUAA